AUGGGCGAGAACAAUGAAACAAGGAAGAAAAGAGUGUCUUUUGCUACAGAGGCGCAUGUGACAUACAUAUAUCCCGAGGCCGAAGCAAAAUGCAGCAGUGGGAUAGAUUCUGGACUUGCCAGUGAAGACGAAGUGUCUGUAGAGAUGACUGUGGAUUGCAUUAAGAAUAGGCAAGAAUACAUUGAAAGCGAAGGCACGGGUAUGAGCAUAAAAGAACAGGGAUGCAUAAAUGAUGAUCCAAGAAAUAGAAUCCAUAGCAUAGCGUAUACAAAAGAUACUUGUGGAACACCGAAUAAUGAUGCAGAUGAUAAAGGCUUCCUGAAUACGGAUAUUGGUGUGUUAGCAGGAUGGGAGAACCUAGUUGAUACUCCAAAGGAUCAUGAGUUUUUGAAAAAUGCAUGUUUGAAUAAUAAUACUGCUAAUUUUGGCAAUGGAUAUGCAUUAUCGGUACAUGAGCGAAUGGAUCAACAUUUGAAUGAGAAUGAGGCGAACAAUAUACAAAUAGAAAUGCAUGGAAAAGAUGGAAAUGCAGGCAUGAAUAACAUGGUACAUGAUGCAGAGAAGGAGUAUGAUGAGCUUGAUAACACGCUACUCAGCAAUGCAACUCUGAAUGUUGAGGAGAUUAUAAACACCCAGGAUCUACGGAAGAUCAUACCACAGGCACGAAGGGAUGUAGUGAAUGUGUCUGAGUUGUUGAUUUCAAAAGGAAUAAGGUUUCUAGACAACUUGGUAGUUUCAAGCACACGGCGAGACACAAUAUCGAAGUCGAAGAAUGAGGUGCGUGUAGAGCAAGUGAGGAUCUAUGAGAAGUUUGUGGAGCCUCGGACGCAGUUUCUGAUGGGGUUUAGCGAGAUUCUUGAGGACAAGAUGAAGAGGCAGGAGGCGGUGAAUGAAAAGCUAGAGAUCGAGUUUGAGAUGAAGGGGAGUGUGUUUGAGGAAGAAGAUGUGUGUAGGCAGCUGAAGUCGUUGAAGAGCGAAUGUAGAAUGAAAGCGAAGAUUGAGUGGUAUGAGCUGCGGAAGGAGAAGGAGCUUGAAUUCAAUGAGAUGGUUGUUGGCAAUAAGAAUGAGAUUACAGAUGAGUAUAACCGAUUAGCUGAACGAGUUUCAUCGAUUGAGGAAGAGAUUGAGAAGAGAAAGGCAGCAAAUUUAAGAAUGGAAAAGCAGAUACAAAGGAUCCGCAGCAGGAUUGAUGAGGGAGGAGACGCCAGGUAUAUGAAAAUUGAUGAGUUGAAAGCACAGAUGAGCGAGCAAGAUAUGGUUUUUGAAGGCAUCAACAAGGAAAUGCAUGACCUAGAGGAUCUGAAUAUGAAAAAAGAGAUUGAGAGAAAGGUACUGAAUGAAACAAUUGCUAAGAUCAAUGAAGACAUCAAGGAGCUUGAGAAAGGAUUGGAUGUAAAGAAUGUGAAUGAACUGCAACUGAAUGAGAUAAGACAAGAGUUUAAGGCACUUUGUGCAAUUUUUGGAGUGGAAUUUGUGAAUGUGGAUCUGAAUGAGAUGAGAUUGAGAGUGAUGGGAUAUGAAAUAGACAUUACGAUGCAGGAAGGAUUUGUGAUGAGAACGGUUGAGGUGAAGUGUGUAAAUCUUGAUGGUCAAGACCGGUGUUUAGGAGCAUUGCAUGAGUAUUUGGAGAAACAUAUUGGAAGGAUUGGUAAGCGUUGCGGAGGCACAAGUAAAUUGUUUUUUGAUGGGAUGAAGGAUAUUGUGAAAGCGGUACUUAUUGGAGCAGGAUUGAUCAAGGAGCUGAAAACACUGAAGUUCAAACACGAUGUUGAGUGUAUAUUGAGAGACGAAAGUGUUCUGAUAGUGAUAGGAAUGCUAGAUGCAUACGAAUGUUCAAAAAGAGAGAUUUUGGUGAGUAUUUCAAAUGGAUUUGAAUGCAUGAUUGAGAAGAACGGAGAGAAGACGACUUAUGAUCUUGCAGAGCAUGUAGGCAUAUUGUUAAAGGCUGUUGAUCAGACUAGUUGA